GAUAUCGGCAAAACUUCAAGAAGAAGAAAAGAAGAAACAGGAGUUAGAAGUGGAAGAACGUUGACUGAAAGAGAAGCAGGAUAGAGAAGAAUUUCAGAGGGAGAUGAAUGAAACUUGGAAUGCGAAGUUUGAAGCGAUGUGGGGGGCGAUGAAGACUGGCCCAAAUGUCGGAGCUAACGUAGACGAGAUAGACAAGUUGAAGAAGCAAAUUGAAUCACUUCAGAUCAAGAACUCCCAAUGGUCUACAAGGGGUCCUUCCACUAGUCGGUCUACGGGCGGAGACGAUGCCUUUCUGGCACGAUUGGUACAAGAACAAGAAGUCAUGAAGCAAAAGAUGGAAUCGGCGUUCAGAGCUUGUGGGAAGAUGGAGAACAUGGAAGAGGAGAUUCGGAAUCUAAAGAAAUCUCGGGAAGACGCUUUGGCGGAAGCAGAGAAUUGGAAGAAGGAAGCCUUGCGAACCGGAAAUCUUGAACAGCUGCGACAACUCCAUAACAUGGAAGUGGAAGCACUCAAAGGGCUGCAGCAACGGGAGUUGAAUUGGAGAAGGGAAGCGGAACAAGAAAAUGCGAGACUCAAGGAAGAACUGGCGAAACACAAAGAAGAAGCACCGAAGUCAACAUUCCGAGAGAAAUUGGAGGAGGCUGGCGAGAGAGAUGUAUCUACUGCGAAGAGAACAAGCAAAGGGAGAAAAAAUGCAGACAAAGAAGAAGAUUCUGAUCAGGAGUCGAAACGGGCGAAGUUCAUCAGCGACGCGAAGAAGGACAUGCGUGGCAAAAAGAAAGAUGCAAUGGUGGAAAUUUGGUCAAAAGAGGGGAUCAAGUAUACCACGUUGAAUGAUACUAUAGGUGAAAUUAUAGCAAAGAGGGUGGAAAGAGCUUUCGGGAAGAGACCUGCUAUUCAGGAAGUAUCCGAUGACGUGGCAGGGGAGCCGCUUGAAGAACAGGCAGAGGCCCGGAGGGAUUCCGCUACUUCUUAGGAUCCCUCCCGAACGCGGCAGAUCUUUGGUCCUUAGCUACUCGAUGUGCAUCUAUUCGAUC